UCUUUUUCCGUUCCUCACCUCCCUCCCUCCCUAGUUUGGCCUUAUGGCCUUGAACCCGCAGUGAAUUGAACAGAGAACGAAAUGGAUAUGUCUGACCCCAAUUUUUGGACUGUGCUCUCAAACUUUACUUUGCCUCAUUUGAGGAGUGGGAACAGGCUUCGGCGAACACAAAGUUGCCGAACAAGCAACCGGAAAAGUUUGAUAGGCAAUGGACAGUCACCAGCAUUGCCUCGACCACACUCACCUCUCUCUGCUCAUGCAGGAAAUAGCCCUCAAGAUAGUCCAAGAAAUUUCUCUCCCAGUGCCUCAGCCCAUUUCUCAUUUGCACGGAGAAAUGACAGGACUGAUGGACGCCGCUGGUCCUUGGCUUCCCUCCCUUCCUCUGGCUAUGGGACAAACACGCCCAGCUCCACAGUCUCUUCCUCCUCUUCCUCCCAGGAGAAGCUGCAUCAGUUACCAUACCAACCAACGCCAGAUGAAUUGCACUUCCUCUCGAAACAUUUUUGUACCACUGAAAGCAUUGCCACGGAAAACAGAUGCAGGAACACGCCCAUGCGCCCCCGUUCCCGAAGUCUGAGCCCUGGACGUUCUCCCGCCUGCUGUGACCAUGAAAUAAUUAUGAUGAACCAUGUCUACAAAGAAAGGUUCCCAAAGGCCACAGCUCAGAUGGAAGAACGUCUGAAGGAAAUUAUCACCAGCUACUCUCCUGACCACGUUCUCCCUCUAGCGGAUGGGGUGCUCAGUUUCACUCACCAUCAGAUUAUUGAACUAGCUCGAGAUUGUCUGGAUAAAUCCCACCAGGGUCUCAUCACCUCGCGGUACUUCCUUGAAUUACAGCACAAAUUAGAUAAAUUGCUACAAGAGGCUCAUGAUCGUUCUGAAAGUGGAGAAUUGGCAUUUAUUAAACAACUGGUUCGAAAGAUCCUAAUUGUAAUUGCCCGCCCAGCUCGAUUAUUAGAGUGUCUGGAAUUUGAUCCUGAAGAAUUUUACUACCUGUUGGAAGCAGCAGAAGGCCAUGCCAAAGAGGGACAGGGUAUUAAAACCGACAUUCCCAGGUACAUCAUUAGCCAACUGGGGCUCAAUAAGGAUCCUUUGGAAGAAAUGGCUCAGUUGGGAAACUACGACAGUGGGACAGCAGAAACCCCAGAGACAGAUGAGUCAGUGAGUAGCUCUAACGCUUCCCUGAAACUUCAAAGGAAACCUCGGGAAAGUGAUUUUGAAACGAUCAAAUUGAUUAGCAAUGGAGCCUAUGGGGCAGUCUACUUUGUUCGGCAUAAGGAAUCCCGGCAGAGGUUUGCCAUGAAGAAGAUCAAUAAACAGAACCUCAUCCUCCGAAACCAGAUCCAGCAGGCCUUUGUGGAACGGGAUAUCCUGACUUUUGCAGAGAAUCCCUUUGUUGUCAGCAUGUACUGCUCCUUUGAAACAAGGCGCCACCUUUGCAUGGUCAUGGAAUAUGUGGAAGGAGGCGACUGUGCCACCCUGAUGAAGAACAUGGGUCCUCUCCCUGUUGACAUGGCCAGGAUGUACUUUGCUGAGACUGUGUUGGCCUUGGAAUAUCUACACAAUUAUGGCAUUGUACACAGGGAUUUGAAACCAGACAAUUUGUUGGUCACCUCCAUGGGGCACAUAAAGCUGACAGAUUUUGGAUUAUCCAAGGUGGGACUAAUGAGCAUGACUACCAAUCUUUAUGAAGGUCAUAUCGAGAAGGAUGCUCGAGAGUUCCUGGACAAACAGGUCUGUGGCACACCUGAGUACAUUGCACCAGAAGUAAUUCUGAGGCAGGGCUAUGGGAAGCCCGUGGACUGGUGGGCCAUGGGGAUUAUCCUCUAUGAAUUUCUGGUUGGAUGCGUGCCAUUCUUUGGGGAUACUCCAGAAGAGCUAUUUGGACAAGUCAUCAGUGAUGAGAUCAACUGGCCGGAAAAGGAUGAGGCACCACCACCCGAUGCCCAGGAUCUGAUUACCUUGCUUCUUAGGCAGAAUCCCCUGGAGAGACUGGGAACAGGUGGUGCCUAUGAAGUCAAACAGCAUCGGUUCUUCCGUUCCCUAGACUGGAACAGUUUGCUGAGACAGAAGGCAGAAUUUAUUCCCCAACUGGAAUCCGAGGAUGACACAAGUUAUUUUGAUACUCGGUCAGAGAAAUAUCAUCACAUGGAGACCGAGGAAGAAGAUGACACAAAUGAUGAAGACUUUAAUGUGGAAAUAAGGCAGUUUUCCUCCUGUUCACACAGGUUUUCAAAAGUUUUCAGCAGCAUCGACCGAAUAACUCAGAAUCCAGGAGAAGAGAAGGAAGACCCUGGAGACAAAACCAAAAGCACCAUGUUGGCAUCCACAGAGACCUUCAGCUGGAGUUCAGAAUAUUCAGAAAUGCAACAGUUAUCCACAUCCAACUCUUCAGAUACUGAAAGCAACAGACAUAAACUCAGUUCUGGCCCACUUCCCAAACUGGCUAUUUCAACAGAGGCAGAAAAAGAUGAAGGUGCUCCCUGCCCCAGAGGCCUGCGCGAGGAGCCAGAAAAGCCAGCCCUGCCUCCUGCGGAGAGCGCUCAGGAGGAGCCUGAGGUCACCACUCCCGCCAGCACCAUCAGCAGCUCCACGCUGUCAGUUGGCAGUUUUUCAGAGCACUUGGAUCAGAUAAAUGGACGAAGCGAGUGUGUGGACAGUACAGAUAAUUCCUCAAAGCCACCCAGUGAACCCGCUUCUCACAUGGCUCGGCAGCGAUUAGAAAGCACAGAAAAAAAGAAAAUCUCGGGGAAAGUCACAAAGUCCCUUUCUGCCAGUGCUCUGUCCCUCAUGAUCCCAGGAGAUAUGUUUACCGUUUCUCCUCUGGGAAGUCCAAUGUCCCCCCAUUCCCUGUCCUCGGACCCUUCUUCUUCACGAGAUUCUUCUCCCAGCCGAGAUUCUUCAGCAGCCUCUGCCAGUCCUCAUCAGCCCAUUGUGAUCCACAGUUCAGGGAAGAACUACGGUUUUACCAUCCGAGCCAUCCGGGUGUACGUGGGAGACAGCGACGUCUAUACAGUGCACCACAUUGUUUGGAAUGUUGAAGAAGGAAGUCCAGCUUGCCAGGCAGGGCUGAAGGCUGGGGAUCUGAUCACACACAUCAAUGGAGAGCCAGUGCACGGACUUGUCCACACGGAAGUUAUAGAGCUCUUGCUAAAGAGUGGAAAUAAGGUGUCAAUCACUACUACCCCAUUUGAAAACACGUCAAUCAAAACGGGACCAGCCAGGAGAAACAGCUAUAAGAGCCGGAUGGUGAGGCGGAGCAAAAAAUCUAAGAAGAAAGAAAGCCUAGAAAGGAGGAGAUCCCUUUUCAAAAAACUAGCCAAGCAGCCUUCUCCUUUACUCCACACCAGCCGAAGUUUCUCCUGUUUGAACCGGUCCCUGUCAUCAGGGGAGAGCCUCCCGGGCUCCCCCACGCACAGCUUAUCUCCCCGGUCCCCCACGCCCAGCUAUCGCUCCACCCCUGACUUUCCAUCAGGUACUAACUCCUCUCAGAGCAGCUCCCCAAGCUCUAGUGCCCCCAAUUCUCCAGCGGGGUCAGGACACAUCCGGCCCAGCACCCUACAUGGUCUGGCUCCCAAACUCAGCGGACAGCGCUACCGUUCUGGAAGGCGGAAGUCGGCUGGCAGCAUCCCGCUCUCUCCACUGGCCCGGACCCCGUCUCCCACACCACAGCCCACCUCCCCUCAGCGGUCACCAUCCCCUCUGUUGGGACACUCGCUUGGCAAUUCCAAGAUCGCGCAAGCCUUUCCCAGCAAAAUGCACUCCCCUCCCACCAUUGUCAGACAUAUUGUGAGACCUAAGAGUGCAGAGCCCCCAAGGUCUCCACUGCUCAAACGCGUGCAGUCAGAGGAGAAGCUGUCUCCUUCCUAUGGCAGUGACAAGAAGCACCUGUGUUCCCGCAAGCACAGCCUGGAGGUGACCCAGGAGGAGGUCCCCCGGGAACAGCCUCCGCGGGAAGUGACCUUGCAGAGCCUAGACGAGAAUGUGUGUGACGCCCCUUCUCUGAGCCGCGCCAGGCCUGUGGAGCAAGGCUGCCUGAAGCGCCCUGUCUCCCGGAAGCUGGGGAGACAGGAGUCUGUGGACGAGCUGGACCGAGAGAAGCUCAAGGCCAAGGUGGUGGUGAAGAAGCCAGAUGGUUUCCCAGAGAAACAAGAAUCCCACCAGAAAUCCCAUGGACUUGGGAGUGAUUUAGAAAACCUCUCUACUUUUAGGCUAGAAGAGAGAGAGAAGAAGAUAUAUCCAAAGGCUUUGGAAAGGUCGAAUCAUUUUGAUAGCAAAGGGGCCUUGCAGGAGGCCCCAUCCUUGGGCAGCCUGCUGAAAGGGGCUCUUCACAAGCAGGCCAGCGUUCGGGCCAGCGAGGGGAUGACCUCAGAAGGGGCAGCCGCUGGUCACGGCCCGACCCCCGGGGACCACAGCCAGGGCGUCUGUGACUUCAAGCGCACCUCUGCUCCCAGCACCCUGCAGGACACUGUGUGCCACUCCGCUGACAGGUCCAGCUCUGGGAAGGGUGAAAACACAGAGAAGGCCUCCCAGGCUAAGGAGUGUCUCCGAUGUGAAAAGUUAGACAGCAAACUGGCCAACAUCGAUUACCUCCGAAAGAAAAUGUCGCUUGAAGACAAAGAUGACAGCCUAUGCCCUGUACUCAAGCCUAAGAUGACGUCUAGUGCCCACGAAAGCCUGCCCGGGAACCCAGUCCGGCCCAUGGGUGGACAGCAGGAGGCCCCAGCGGCCUCUGAGAGCCGAGCAUUCAUGAGCCCUGCCCAUGUAGCUCAGAUCAGCGCUGUCUCCUUUGUCCCCCUCAAGGCACUAGCUGGCCGGGUGGACGGUGGAGUGGAGAAGCCAGGCUUGGUUGCUCCUGAGUCACCUGUCCGGAAAAGCCCCUCCGAGUAUAAACUAGAAGGUAGGUCUGUGUCCUGCCUGAAGCCAAUUGAAGGCACUUUGGAUAUUGCUCUCUUAUCUGGACCUCAGGCCUCUAAGACAGAGCUGCCUUCCCCAGAGCCUGCCCAGAGCCCCAGCCCGGCCAGCGAUGUGGGGCCCUCUGUGCCGCCGGCUCUCCCCAGCACGGGAGCCAAGAAGGGUGAGACGGCGGGUCAGAGGGAGCCUUCCCCUGGCGGCUUCAGGAUGAACAAGUCCUACCUGCUGGAGCCCCGGUUCCCGCCCCCCAGCCGGGGUCUCCAGAAUGCACCAGCAGCUCCCGUGCCUUGCUCUGACCCAGAGCUAAAACGGGACAGGAAAGCUUCCCGUGCGGCCAGGAGCCCAGUGACGGUCAUGGAAAGUGAUCCCCAGCUGAGAGAGGGGGGCCCCAGCAAACACCAAGACCACAGUCGCGACACCAAACUCCUCCUCUCCCUCGGGCCAAACCCGCAGGGCGCAGGCGCUGACCCACCCAGGAUGCGGGGCCUGCUGCAGCCUGAAGGUACCGUCUCGAGAGAGAAGCCGAGUGGGAAGGAAUCCUUUGACCGGGGCCCUUCCAUGGCCAGGGGCGAGCGGUCUGCUGUGAGGGCUGACUCGCACAGGGACCCCUCCAUGGAGUCGUAUCCUCCAGAAGCUGCUAAAACCAGUGAUAAUUCCAGAAACCUCCUCUCCGGGGGAAGGACCCGCCCAGAUUCCUACGCACAGACCCACGCCAUGGAGAAAGCAUGGGGAUCUUGUGGCAAGACAACCCCCAGAGAUGUCCGAGAUGAGGUGAGGCCACCGGCACGGGAGGAGGCUGGUUUGCAGUCAGCAGCGACUCCUCGCGAGAGGGAGCUGGGCAGAGGGAGAGGCGGCAUGGAACCCCAGCCAGAAGCUGCUCCCAGCCGGGGGUCCCAGCAGCCAGCGGGCACUGAGCGUGGGAAGGAGGACCAGCUCUCUGCUUUCCCAUCUUUGCAGAAAGACGGUCCCAAGGAACCGGAAAGGAAAGAACAGCCUCUACAAAAGAACGUCGGCAGUAGCUCUCAGUCCCCGCUGGUCACCAAAGACCUGCCCGGCCUGGCCGCUCAGCAGCUCGGCAGCGCCCCGAGCCACACCGCAGGCAGAGAGCCGGGCGGCAAGCCCUGUGCCACAGAGCCCAGCCUGGGCCCCCAGGGCCCUGCCAAGCCCGCUGCAGUGCAUGGCGAAAGCAGCAGCCACAGACCCGGGCCUGGUCCCGACCCAAGCCCUGCAAAGUCCAAGCACCCUGACCGAGCCGUCUCCUCCCAGAAGCCAAGCGUUGGGCCAGCGGCAGACGGAGAGUCUGCGGCCCAGCCCCCGGUUGGCCCCAGCCGAGAGAGGAAGGGCAGUGGUAAGGGCUUGAUGGACGUGCUCCCCGCCCGCCCAGGCUGCCAGAACACAGCCACCCAAGCGAUUAGCCCAGGAGGAAGUGGACCCUCAGUUCUGCUGCACACGCAAGGGGGUCCUCUCGACGCCAAGGUAAAACCCACCAGUGGUGGGCGGCCCCCGGAGGCGCUGGAGAAGCCCACGCCUCCGCCACAGCAAGGACACCCCAGAGGGGUUGAGCAGGGGGACCAGAGAGUGGCCCCUGCCAGUGAAAAGCAAAACGUGUCUCCAAAGCACCCCAAACCAUCCACUGUGAAAGAUUGCCCCCCUCUGUGCAGACAGACAGACAGGAGUCCAAGUUCACAGGCUGCCACCACCACAGACAGGAAGUCUGAGGGGAAGAAAUGCACUGAAGCACUUUACCUUCCAGCCGACGGUGGGAAGCUGGAGGCCAGCCUUGCCCUGGCACCCAGCGAGGCCCGGCCCAAAGGCCCAGAGCGGCCGGCAGCUGCCAUGGGGAAGGGUUUGCCAGAGGCCAAGGGCAAAGUGCUGAGUCCCCAGAAGCCGCUGACAGAGGCAGGCAAGCCCAGCGGCAUGAAACGGUCGCCCUCGGCCACCGGACAGAGUUCUUUUAAAUCCACUGCCAUCCCGGAAAAGUCUCUGAGCUCCUCUUCCAGCUUUCCUGAUGCCAGACUGGGGGCUCGAGAGGCUGCUGCGACCGGCGGUGACGCAUCUUUGGCCAAGGUCAGCGGGGCUGCGGGGAAGACCCUGCCCGGUGGCGAUGGCAGAGCCCACAUGACAAAGAGUGACUCUCUGCCAUCCUUCCGGAGCUCCACCAUCACCCUGGAGUUGCACCCCCCAAGCCCGCACGUGGCAGGGGGAGCCGGCGACAGGGACAAGGCCCUGUCCAUAACUGCCACCACGGGAGAAACCAAAGGCAAAGAGCCUGUCGCAGCCUUGCCCUCUCAGACUAGGAAACAGAUCUCGGGCAGAGAAGUGACCAAGGUGUCCCCAGCUCCAAACCCUGACCGGCCCAUCACCCUUUCUUCUGAGAAGGACUUCGUGGUGCGGCAGAGGCGGGGGAAAGAGAGUUUGCGCAGCAGCCCGCACAAAAAGGCCUCCUAACAGGGCAGGCCCCAGGCCGGACUGGGGAGACCCGACCUGAAUGUGUACCUGAGUCUUGACUACCUUGUGAAGCCAGCACUGUGUGGGAAUGCCUGCCAGGCAGAGCCUGCAGGCUCUCGGCAGAGGAGGAGAGGGAGAGAGAGAGAGAGAGAAAGAGGGGACCUUCUUCCAAUUGCCUUCCCGAUUGUAACCCGAAAACUGUUACCAGAGAGUGUCUGUAGGAAAAAAAGAAAAGAGCAACAAUAAAGAAACACCUUUACAGCGGAGGGUGGUUGAGGAAAAAGAUUCUCUCUGUAAAUACCUAGCAGUGUGUUUGGUUUGGGAUGUAGAGUGAUAUCUUGCUGCUGAUGGCGUUGUUUACCACAGCUUUUUUUCCCCCAGUAGGAUUUUGCUUUACCACUUACCAUCAUGUAGUAAUGAAGCAAAGUGGUUAAAACUCGGUGUGUGUAAAAGUUUAGCUGCACUCAUGUUCGUGUAUAUAUAUGCAUAUAUACACAUCCACCCACAUGGUUUGCUCUGUGGUUUAAGAGACUAUUUCAAGACUACAUUUUUAUUAAGUUAAAACAUUCUUAGAGUUCAAGAUGAAAGAAAGCCCUAAAGACAGUAGAUGGUGAGUUUGUGUGUGUCUUUUUAACCCGAGAUUUCGAUAGUGCUGUAUCUGGCUCCGUAGAUUUCCAGAUCUUAAAGCAAGAACUACUCUAAUCACUGCAUUUGCCAUCUUCCUCCAUUAGGAAUGGCCGGAACGAGCGGAGGUAACCACUUUCAUGUCACAGUCAUCCCAGUGGACUUGAUCCUGGGUCCAGCUGUCUGAAAGGCCAGUUAUCCUUGUCUGUGGGUAUAUAUGUUGGGUCUUCACCCUGGGUGUUGUGGAGGCUCUAAACACAUGUCAGCUUUAUUUCUCUCACUUUCCCUUCUUUUCACGCUCUUAAACUCAGGCCUCGAUGCUAUGAGUUACUAGUCCAAGAAGCACACGUUGUGUAGUAGUCUUGCACCAGCCCUGCUCUUGAACAAAAAAAGAAAAUUACUGGCCACACACAGAUUGGAGAGUACUUAAGUUGAAUAAUAAGCAUCAGGCAUUGGAAGAGGUUUUAAAUUUGCAUUUUUGAGGGAAAAGGGGGGCAUCAUAGCAUAUAUAUUAAUGAAUAAUCAGGACAUCAGAUACAUUUUAAUACAUAGCUGGGGCCUUAUGUUGUAGAUGAAGCUUGCUGUUUUUAGCAAGUUCCUGGGUUUCACAUUCAUUUCUGAUGCAUCGAGUAGCUCCAUACAUUUCAUAAUAUGAUCUCUUUAUUCGUAUGCAAAAAAAAUACUGUAUUAAUAAAGAGCAGCAUUUUUUAACAAAAAGACUUGGUGGAGCUAUUUGGUGCUUGAAUGUGACUGUCCUUUUUACUUUUGCUAAGCCUUAUUUAAAUUUUGUAUACCAUGGAAUAUGUAGACUUCGUCACAUCAUUUAGUGCUGAGGGUUUUUUUUGUUUGUUUUUGUUGCAGUUGUCCUGGUGGGUUGUUUUGUAUCGUAAGAUGGCACUUGAUAACCUAAGUACUAAGGCACUAAGAGAAAAUACACACAGAUAAGUAUUUAUAAGAUGCUUGGGAUCCAUGGCAGGAUUUUCUGUUUUGUUUUUCAAGACAGAAAAACAAUUCCCAAUAAAUACGAAUUCAGCACCCAAACCCCCUCGGAGGUCUCAGUAUCUAAAUUGUUCAUCUAAAGCACAGCCUGUGGAUUGUAAAUUAUUUAGCAAGGCUGUAAACUCUGCUCCAAAAACAAAGGCAGAACUUAACUGACUGCUGGGUUGUCCUUCAUUGUAAAAUGAGUUGGCAAAACAAAACAAAAAGUGCCCCCCACCUUACCCCUGGUUUUCCCCCCCCUUGUAGUUUUACGCUUUCCCCAUCACUAACGUUGCGAAAUUGUAGAAGAAACACAUAUUUUAGAAGAACCUAAAUGGGUUUCCAAAGUGGUCUCAACAUUUAUAAUUCAUAUCUGUGUUUGGCAGUUGUCAGAACCCAGUCCUCUGUCCUCAGACAUCAUGACAGGUGUGUCGGGAGGUAGUUCAUGGUUUACAGCCUUUGCUUUUUAACUGUCCAGUUUCCUUUAAAGCACAACUAGCUGCUUGUUUACAAAUGAUAUUUUUAUGUAUAUUUUGUAUAGUGUAUUAUCAUUUUUGCCAAAUAUGUUUUUGCAUUUUGGAUGAGUAAAGAGUACUUAAGGUUGCAUUCAUGUAAACCCUGUUCGUUGUUGUAAACCUCUCCAAUCAGCUGGUAGAAAUUCCCCUGUGUUCUCUUUGGUCCGUCUCCUGUGAUUGUAAGGUGUGCUCCUCGGUAGUACUCCCAGCUGUAGAUUUACCAGCUUACCAGUUUGUUAGGAUCUGUGCAAUAAAGUGUUUGCAGUCUUAUUUUCUCUAAGAAAUUCCCUAUGGAUGUCAUAAUUGUUGUAUAUUGAACAAAUAUUUAUACUUAUGCAGUUGCAUAACAUUGAAAUAAAAAUUUAGCAUGAAAAGAUAA